CUGUGAGAGGACCACCAAGCCCGGGCUACAACUCCGGAAGAGCGUAACGCGUGUCAGUCAGUCAGAACAACCAGCACUACAGGUGGACUCGUGGCAUGACUACCCCAAACAAGGGAAACAAGGCCUUGAAGGUGAAACGGGAGCCAGGGGAAAAUGGCACCAGCCUGACGGAUGACGAGCUGGUGACCAUGUCAGUGCGGGAGCUGAACCAGCAUCUACGGGGGCUGACGAAGGAGGAGAUCGUGCAGCUGAAACAACGGCGGCGCACCCUUAAGAACCGGGGCUAUGCUGCCAGCUGCCGAGUAAAGCGCGUCACCCAAAAAGAGGAGCUGGAGAAGCAAAAGUCUCUGCUGCAGCAGGAAGUGGACAAGCUGGCCACAGAGAAUGCCAGCAUGAAGGUGGAGCUGGAUGCUCUGCGUUCAAAGUAUGAGGCUCUCCAGAGCUUUGCCAGGACUGUCGCCCGCAACCCUGUCAUCUCAGCCAGGGGACCAAUGGCAUCUGUCAUAGGUCCCCUCAUCCCUGGUAAAGUAGCUGCAACCAGUGUCAUCACCAUCGUAAAAUCCAAAACGCAGGCUAGGUCGUAGUAGCAGAAAGAGCGAGGGGAAGUUUUUCAAGAUCAGUCAGUGCAUUGUAACAUGGCACAGGAUCAUCUGUGUAAGUUCUCAGUUUUACCCCUUGGCACUAACCCUAAAAAUAUGCUUCCCAAUGUCACUCUUAAAGUACGACUCAGCAGUCUGCACUUGUCAACAGACAUGUCGUGCUUUAAGAUGACACAAUCAAAUUGUACAUGUCAGGACUUGACAGUAAAAAUUGUGAUGUAUUGGCAAUACUAACACAUUUCACUUAAAAUGUGAAUUCCGGUUACAAGUAUUCAAGAAGGCAAUAUUGGGUGGCAUUGAUUUUCUGACUGUUAAGGGCCUGUUGAUUUUUGGUAAGAUACUAUAUGAUUUGUCAGUUUACUGUAAGACUUAGGUCUUCAGACUUUUCCGUCCCAAGAAUUGGAAAUUUUGCAACAUAAACAGCAGAAAGAGCCUGGGUUUGUCUUACUUAAAGGAGACAUCUUAUACUCAUAAUUAGGUCAACAUUUUAUUGUGGGUUGUUAUUUGAAAAGGUUUACAUGCUCUAAUAUUAAGAAAACACAUCACUGUCCAUUGGCGGAUCUCUUGCUCUCAGCUUCUGUCUGAAGCUCCUGUCAAUUUUAAAAGUUCCCCCUCCCUGUAAACGAAAAUGCUG